AUGUCUCUUACGCGGCUCUCUUCCGUCGAUGGAUUCGAACGGGAAAGAAGAGGCUCCAGCGUCUCAUCCCAACGGAGAAUGAGCUUCAACCCGGUGAGUGAAUGGGUUCCUCCUGCCGACCGGAAAGCCAGCGUGGUCACGGCCGCUCUCCAAUUCGAGGAAGUCUCCAAGAAAAAGCGCAUUGCUCAGGUGGUUGUCGCCAUUGUAUACUGCCUCUUCGCCGCCGGCAUUGUGUUUGGCUAUGCGGCCAUCAAGCCUGUCCUCAUCGACGAAGGCGUCUUCCAAGAGUUCUGUACCCCAGAAGAGGUGGAGAGACAGGCGUCUCCGUGCUACAAGCAAGAGAUUCGUCUGAACUUGAUGUUUACGGUUGCUGCCGUAUCCACCAAUGUGGCAGCCUUACCCAUUGGCACCAUCCUCGACGGAUACGGCCCUCGAGUCUGCGGGAUCAUUGGGAGCAUUUUUCUGGCCACCGGAGCUCUACUCUUCUCUUUUGCUUCCAAGGUCAAAGGUGAUCUCUUCACCCCAGGCUAUUUUUUCCUUGCUUUGGGCGGGCCCUUCGUCUUCAUCUCCUCCUUCCAGCUCUCCAACACCUUUCCGCAGAACUCGGGACUCAUCCUUGCCCUCUUGACCGGCGCUUUCGACUCUUCUUCAGCUCUUUUUCUCGUCUUCCGCCUUCUCUACGAGGCUACCGGGGGGGAACUCAACACACACCGUCUCUUCCUCAUCUAUCUAAUCGUCCCCAUCUUCAUCUUCAUCGUCCAAGUCUGGAUCAUGCCCGAGGAAUCAUACAAGACUGUCAGCGAGGUGGUUAAGGACGCCGAAGAGGAAAUCAAUGCUCCAACACCUCCGCAAAUCUCGGAAGAAGAACGUCGCGCCUAUCGCGAACGACGCCAGAGCACCAUCGCCGAAGUGAAUCUCUUGCUGGACAAGAGCACCAACACGAAACGCCAGAAGCGCGAAGAGGCGAAGAACGUCAAAUCCGGUGUUUGGGGCGCCAUGCAUGGCUACCCUGCCUUUGAGCAGAUCAAGUCCGCGUGGUUCUGGCUCAUUACCCUCUUCACCGUGGUUCAAAUGACACGCAUCAACUACUUCGUGGCCACCAUCAGACCUCAGGAGAGAUACUUACUGGGCUCGACGCACAAGGCGAAGAUUGUCAACGACUUCUUCGACGUCGCUCUGCCUCUUGGCGGCGUACUCAGUAUUCCCUUCAUCGGCCUUCUCCUCGACAACACAUCGACACCAUUUGCGUUGGGAUUCCUCGUGGCUACCGCCACCCUCAUCGGUAUCCUAGGCUGUCUACCGUACAUGUGGGCGGCGAUUGCCAACGUGUGCCUCUUCGUUGUGUACCGCCCCUUCUACUACACAACCGUCUCCGACUAUGCGGCCAAGGUCUUCGGUUUCCAAACGUUCGGCAAAGUCUAUGGUCUUAUCAUCUGUCUCGCGGGCUUGUUCAAUUUUCUCCAAUCUCCCCUCGACGCUGUCACGCAUGUCGUAUUCAAUCUCAACCCCAUCCCGGUCAAUGUUAUUCUCAUGAGCAUUGCUGUCGUCGUCGGCUCCGCCCUGGUCGCUUUCACGCUCGUCAAGAGUCGGAGCAUGAAACGUGAUCUGCUGGAAGACGAGGCCGAGGAUGCCACCGAGACUUUGAUGCCCGGUGCGAACGGGAUUUCUUACGGCACGUAG